AUCUUGGCACCAGAGACUGGCACUUGUAGUGUCAAUAAUGCAGAUCAUCUUGGCACCAGAGUCUGGCACUUAUAGUGUCAAUACUGCAGAUCAUCUUGGCACCAGAGACUGGCACUUAUAGUGUCAAUACUGCAGAUCAUCUUGGCACCAGAGACUGGCACUUAUAGUGUCAAUACUGCAGAUCAUCUUGGCACCAGAAGCUGGCACUUGUAGUGUCAAUACUGCAGAUCAUCUUAGCACCAGAGACUGGCACUUGUAGUGUCAGUACUGCAGAUCAUCUUGGCACCAGAGACUGGCACCUGUAGUGUCAGUUCUGCAGAUCAUCUUGGCACCAGAGACUGGCACUUGUAGUGUCAAUACUGCAGAUCAUCUUGGCACCAGAGACUGGCACUUGUAGUGUCAAUACUGCAGAUCAUCUUGACACCAGAGGCUGGCACUUGUAGUGUGAAUACUGCAGGUCAUUGUGACACCUGAGACUGUCACUUGUAGUGUCAAUACUGCAGAUCACCUUAGCACCGAAGGCUGGCACUUGUAGUGUCAAUACUGCAGGUCAUUGCGACACCAGAGACUGGCACUUGUAGUGUCAAUACUGCAGAUCAUCUUGGCACCCGAGGCUGGCACUUGUAGUGUGAAUACUGCAAGUCAUUGUGACACCUGAGACUCUCACUUGUAGUGUCAAUACUGCAGGUCAUCCUGACACCAGAGACUGGCACUUGUAGUGUCAAUACUGUAGAUCAUCAUUGCACCAGAGGCUGGCACUUGUAGUGCCAACAUCAGUGUUAGAAACCUUCUGAAAGUUCUAUUAAGUAUAUAUGGUGACAACACUAUCUACAGUGUUAAUACAGUGACAGUGUUGUCACACUAUUUAUAGUGUUAAUAUAGUGACAGUGCUAUCACAUUAUCUGCAGUGUUAAUAGUGACAGCACUGUCUACAAUGUUAAUAAUACAGUGUUAAUAGUAUAGUGACCACUAUGGUGAUAAUACAGUGACCACUACGGUGUUAAUGCAGUGACCACUACAGUGUUAAUAAUAGGUACAGUGACCACUACAGUGUUAAUAAUACGUACUUUGACCAAUGUAGUGUUUAUAAUACCGUGACCACUGCAGUAUUAAUAAUACAGUGAUCACUACAGUGUUAAUAAUACAGUGACAAUAACUAUAGACUAUUACAGUGACAAUAACUAUAGACUAUUACAGUGACAACACAACAGUGUUAUAACACAGUGAGAACACUAACUACAGUAUUAAUAAUACAGUGACUAACUACAGUAUAAAUAAUAUAGUAACAGCUCUACUUCGCUGUUAAUUAUACAUUGACAACAAUAACUACAGUGGUAAUACAGUGGCAACACCAUAACAGUGUUGGUAAUGCAACAUUUACAGUACCAACAACACUUUUAUAAGGUUAACGUGUCAUAAACACUGAAAUAUCUGCUAGAGUCACCCUAUUCCUUAGUCACUAUACAGUGGUACCUUGAGUUUCGAACAUCUCCCAAUUCAAACAAUUAUGUAAGUGUAUUUUUGUGAGUGUUUUUGUAAGUGUAUUUUUGGGGGUCUGAAACGGACUAAUCUAAUUUACAUUAUUCUUUAUGGGAACAAAUUCGUUCGGUAUCGGCACUUGAACAGCCUUCCGGAACAAAUUAAGUUUGUAACUUGGAGUAUCACUGUAUUACCCUUACAGGUUUAGUGCUUGCUAUAUUUAUAAUAUUACAGAAAUAUUAGUUUUCCGUGUAAUGAUCUCAGAUUCUUCUCUAGUUAAAUAUUCACUUGAAAAAACGUGUUGAAGCCACACAUUCACACUAAAACAAUUUUCAUAACAUCUCUGCCCACAUUUAUUAUAGACAAAAAACAACAACAACAGUUUUCUGAAAAAUGUGAUUUAGUAUGACACGUGAGAACUCAUACAGGAAAGAAGCCUUAUCAAUGUUCAGAAUGUCUGAAAGACUUACUGAAAAGUCUGAUUUUGUAAGUCACACUACAACUAAUACUGAAGAGAAACCGUAUCAGUGUUCAUAUUGUUUGAAAGACUUUUCUAGAAAAUCACAUUUAGUAAGUCACAUGAGAACUCAUACUGGAGAGAAACCACAUCAGUGUUCAGAAUGUUUGAAAGAUUUUUCUGAAAAAUCAAGUUUAAUAAGACACAUGAGAACUCAUACUGGAGAGAAACCAUAUCAGUGUCCAGAAUGCCUGAAAGAUUUUUCUCAAAAGUCUGAUUUAGUAAGUCACAUGAGAACUCAUACUGGAGAGAAACCACAUCAGUGUUCAGAAUGUUUGAAAGAUUUUUCUGAAAAAUCAAGUUUGAUAAGUCACAUGAGAACUCAUACUGGAGAGAAACCAUAUCAGUGUUCAGAAUGUCUGAAAGACUUUUAUAGAAAAUCAAAUUUAAUAAGUCACAUGAGAGUCCAUACUGGAGAAAAACCACAUCAGUGUCCAGAAUGUCUGAAAGACUUUUCUCGUAAGCCUGAUUUAGUAAUUCACAUGAGAACUCAUACUGGGGAGAAACCAUAUCAGUGUUCAGAAUGUCUGAAAGACUUUUCUAGAAAAUCACGUUUAGUAAGUCACAUGAUAACUCAUACUGGAGGGAAAACAUUUCGGUGUUCAGAAUGUUUGAAAGACUUUUCUCAAAAGUCUGAUUUAGUAAAUCACAUGAGAACUUGUACUGGAGAGAAAUCAUAUAAGUGUUCAGAAUGCAUGAAUGACUUUUCUCAAAAAACCACAAUUAAUACGAAUCGUUCCUGGAAUAUACCUGGAGAGUGUUUCAGGGGGUCAAUGCCCCAUGACCCAGCUCAUGAUGAGGCCUUGGGGUGA